AGGAGGAAAAAAGGAGGCGGGGAGCAGCAGCGGCUUUAACCUCCACCCCCCUCCCCUCUCCAUUCCCCCCAACCGGUACAGCUCUCCGGGCGAUGUCAGUGUAAAUGCCAGGCAAUGUCCCGCCGCAAACAGGGGAACCCGCAACACUUGUCACAAAGGGAGAUUAUCACACCAGAGGCUGACCAUGUGGAAGCCGCCAUUGUCGACGAAGAUGAAGGUCUUGAGAUAGAGGAGCCGGGUGGCCUUGGGCUGACCGCAGGUGGGACAGAUCCAGACUUGCUGACCUGUGGACAGUGUCAGAUGAACUUCCCCUUGAGAGACAUCCUGGUGUUUAUAGAGCACAAGAAGAAACAGUGUAGUGGGAGCCUUGGUGUUUGCUAUGAGAAGAGCCUGGAUAAAAGCAGUCCCCCCCCUUCGUCACGCUCCGAGCUCAGGAAAGUGUCAGAGCCAGUGGAAAUCGGGAUCCAAGUCACCCCGGAUGAAGAAGAUCGUCUACUGACGCCCACAAAAGGAAUUUGUCCGAAGCAGGAAAAUAUUGCAGGGCCUUCCAGGCCUGCCAAGCUGCCGGCAGCUCCCAUAACUGCCUCCUCCCACCCUCACACAUCUGUGAUUACGCCACCUCUCCGCACCCUGGCCUCUCUCCCACCCUGCUUUAGCCUGCCCUGCUGUGCUGGUCAUUCAGUCUCAGUUGGUGGGACUCAGGCUGAGAGUCAGACUGAGACUCCAGGCACAUUUGGAUGCCAUUGUCAGUUGUCAGGUAAAGAUGAGCCUUCAAGCUAUAUUUGCACAACAUGCAAGCAACCUUUUAACAGCGCCUGGUUCUUGCUUCAACAUGCCCAAAACACACAUGGAUUCCGCAUCUAUUUGGAAACAAGUCCUUCAAAUAGUUCGCUUACUCCACGGAUCACCAUCCCUCCUCCUCUGGGACCAGAGGCUGUUGCACAGUCCCCGCUGAUGAACUUCCUCGGAGAUAACAACCCCUUUAGUCUCUUACGAAUGACAGGCCCCAUCCUGCGUGACCACCCCGGCUUUGGCGAGGGCCGGCUCCCCAACACUCCCCCACUUUUCAGCCCACCGCCCCGUCACCAUCUGGACCCACAUCGCCUUAGUGCCGAAGAAAUGGGGUUAGUUGCCCAGCAUCCCAGUGCCUUUGACAGAGUCAUGCGUUUGAACCCCAUGGCAAUCGAUUCGCCAGCGAUGGAUUUCUCCAGGAGGCUCCGAGAGCUGGCGGGGAACAACUCGACCCCUCCUCCAGUCUCACCAAACCGCAGCAACCCUAUGCAUCGCUUACUGAACCCCUUUCAGCCAAGCCCCAAAUCACCUUUUUUGAGUACCCCUCCUCUGCCCCCCAUGCCUCCUAGCAGUACUACCCCUCCCCAACCUCAGGCGAAGAGUAAAUCCUGUGAAUUCUGUGGGAAAACGUUCAAGUUUCAAAGUAAUCUCAUAGUGCAUCGCCGUAGCCACACAGGAGAAAAGCCCUACAAAUGUCAGCUCUGCGACCACGCCUGCUCGCAGGCCAGCAAGCUAAAGCGUCACAUGAAAACCCACAUGCACAAGGCCGGCUCCAUGACGGGCAGGUCGGACGACGGACUCUCCACCACCAGCUCCCCCGAGCCCGGCACCAGCGAGCUCACCGGGGAGGGCCUCAAGUCCAGCGAGGCGGACUUCAGGAACGAGAGCGACCCCUCCCUGGGCCACGACAACGAGGAAGAGGAGGAGGAGGAGGAGGAGGAGGAAGAGCUGGAGAACGAGAGCAGGCCCGAGUCCAGCUUCAGCAUGGACUCGGAGCUCAGCCGCAAUCGGGAAAACGGCUCCAAGUCGCUCCCCGACGAGAAGUCCCUGGUCCUGGGAAAAGUGAUCGAGAACGUGAGCCUGGGCGCCAUCCAGCAGUACAGCGACAUGCUGGCCGAGAAGCAGAAGAGGAGCGGCUUCAUGAAGAGGACCUCGGACCAGAGGGACCUCUGUGCCCGAGACCUGUGCCAGAGGGACACGGGAGACGAAGACUCCGUGGCCGGGGAGCUGGACCGGACCGAGGAGGGGACGGUCAACGGGAGGAGCUUCGGCCCCGGCGAGCCCUUCCCGGGCCUGUUCCCGCGCAAGCCCACGCCCAUCACGAGCCCCAGCUUGAACAACUCGUCCAAGAGGAUCAAGAUCGAGAAGGACUUGGACUUGCCGCCGGCCACCAUCAUCCCGUCGGAGAACGUGUACUCGCAGUGGCUGGUGGGCUACGCCGCCUCGAGGCACUUCAUGAAGGACCCGUUCCUCGGCUUCACGGACUCGCGCCAGUCCCCGUUCGCCACGUCGUCCGAGCACUCGUCGGAGAACGGCAGCCUGCGCUUCUCCACGCCGCCGGGGGACAUGCUGGACGGCGGGCUGUCGGGCCGCAGCGGCACGGCCAGCGGGGGCAGCACCCCGCACAUCAGCGGCCCGGGCCCCGGGCGGCCCAGCUCCAAGGAGGGCCGCCGCAGCGACACGUGCGAGUACUGCGGCAAGGUCUUUAAGAACUGCAGCAACCUGACGGUGCACCGUCGGAGCCACACCGGGGAACGGCCUUACAAGUGCGAGCUGUGCAACUACGCGUGUGCCCAGAGCAGCAAGCUGACCCGCCACAUGAAGACGCACGGCCAGAUCGGCAAGGAGGUCUACCGGUGCGACAUCUGCCAGAUGCCGUUCAGCGUUUACAGCACCCUGGAAAAACACAUGAAAAAGUGGCACGGGGAACACUUGCUGACAAACGAUGUGAAAAUAGAGCAGGCCGAAAGGAGCUAA